AUGAUCGUGCGCCAGCAGGAGGAACUGCGCCAAGUCAAGGAGCAACUUCUUCUCGCGAGACUGGGAAUACUGCAGCCGUUGAUCAAUGUUCCAAACACUUACGUGGCACCCGAAGAGGUUCAACAAAAUCAACGCUUACCGACACAAGUACUAUACGACAGUUCCCAAGGCCGCACCAUACCUGGAUAUCCACAGCAACAUCCCCCACCUUCCACGGGACACCAUCAACAUUUGCCCCAGUAG